UGACGCGACAGGUAAUAUAGGUCACAUGAAAAUACCGUAUCGUGUUUAUUUCAUGUUUAUACAAUAUGAUUCAGGAUUAUUUACACAAAUAUAUGCAAUUUAUUACCUAAUCAAAGGGAAUAAGGAUGUGUAAUGUGAAAUCUUUCUUAUGUUGACACAGAAUUUUAGUGAUUUUCAGUGUCUCAUGUUUAUUAGUGUUUUAUAUCGUAAAAAUAUUGAUCAGUUGAUUAGCUACAUUACGUGAACUCGACCACAAAACAAGAUAAACACCACAAAAUGGAAGACCCUGAAUUGGAUAUACAAGUUCAAGAAAUUCGCGGAGAUGACGGUUCAUAUAAAUAUUCAUUUUCUUACGAACGGGCGACUUUGUACGAGUUCAAAUAUGAGCGUAAGCCCCAUCCGGACCCCGUGGAUCCUUGCUACCGGUGCUACCGAAGGAUCUGGGACAAAGAACAAAUGAUAAAUGUAGGGGUUCUGUAUCAUAAAGCGUGUUUUAGAUGUAGGAUCUGCGGGCUACCCCUGACAAUGCAGACAUUUUACAGAAAUGAUGCGAAUGGGUCGCAGGAUCGGGAGGUGUACUGUAAGACUCAUGUGGGCAAGCAACUGAACCAGAUACAACAAGAGCGAGCUGUGAUUGCGGGUAUAGAAGACGCGUACAGGGAAACGCCCACUGGUCGCCCAAAACCUGCCCUACAAGCUGCACCAAAUUUCAGUCCUAAGCCAAGUCCCCGAGGAAGUCCGCGGGGGAGUCCGGCCCAAUCAGGAAGAGGUCAAAGCCCAUCAUAUCAGAACCUUCACGAUACCAGCAUGGGUUCGAGUAUAGUUAGCGUCACACCGAGGAGUCUCAACGGAAGUACGUGGCUUACACAGACACCAAACACCAUGGAGUAUACGCUGAUGACAGGGGGUGCAUAUAGUAGACCACGCCCAGUAUUAAAGACCUACGAGGACUUUGAGCAGAAUGGUGUGUUCGAUGCACAGUGGACGCUUGAGGACCGUCAUCACGAGGAAGAAGAGCGUCUGCAGCGCUUCUUGUCUGAAGAACGCGAGAAAGAAAUGAAACGAUUAGACAAUAACAUUGACACAGAAAAAGAACGAGCAGCGGCCGAACUUCUUUCAAACAUAGAACAAAUGGGAUUACAACAAAACCCACGAAAUCUCAUGGCAGAACGUGAGCGAAUUGAGGAUCACUUCCGGCGGAUGCGAGAUGAUCGUCUACGCGGUGUUGUUGAUAAAGUUGCAGCCGAGGAAAAGGCGCGAUCAGCAAGAAUGCUGGAUAGACAAUGUCAAGAAAUGUUGUUAUUGAUUGCUGAAAAGGAUCGUGAGCUUGACGGCAGUGCCUUGUAUGAUCAUUCAAUGAGACCAGCGGUGUUACCCCCAGAAACGAGAAAAUCAAAGUUGUACAAGACCCCUGCAGUGUUUGAACAAAUAGAUAAACGUGCAAUAGAGCUUGCCAAUAGAGACUACAAUACCUACACAGACCUGGUCAGAGAUCUGACAAGAGGAUGUGCCACCGAACUGGAGAAAGUCAGAGCGUUAUUUCGUUGGAUAAUUUCAAAAGACCUGAGCAAGCACAACACAAAAGAUAUUGUCCGUCCAAACUCCUCAUACAAACUGCUUAAAGGAGUGAAAAGUGGAAAAGAAACAUAUCAUCAGCUCUUCAAACGUCUUUGCAGUUAUGCCGGACUCCACUGUGAGAUCAUUCUAGGAUUUUCUAAGGGUGCAGGAUACAAACCUGGUAUGAAUAUAACUGGAAAUGCUUUCCGGAACUCAUGGACAGCUGUAGCGAUAGACGGAAGUUGGCGUCUGAUUAAUGUCACGUGGGCAGCACGUCAGGUGACCGGAACUAAAGAUGAACUUCCGGAAAUGUUCCACAAAUACGAUGAGUUUUAUUUUUUAACUGAUCCAGAGGACUAUAUUUACCAACAUUAUCCGGACGAUGCCAGUUGGCAGUUGUUGGAAAUUCCACUACCUUUCUCGGAGUUCAUGAACUUGCCAGUGGUAAAGUCACCAUUUUUUAACUACGGUUUAAGAUUUUAUUCGAACUAUGGCGCAACUCUUACAACAGACACUGGUAUGGUUGAAGUUAGAAUUAUUGCACCGAAAAUUCUUGGAUUUGGUUCCCUGCUUGAACCAGUGGACAAGGCGAGCAGCACGUCAAAUUUAGACGGUAGAACGUUAUUAAGAUACGUGAAAAACGAGGCAAUAUUCACUGUAAAUGUUCCUCGACCAGGGUUGUAUUAUUUUUCUAUCUACACUGGUGAUUACUGGCAAUCAGACUGUUUGGAGAGCGCGUGCUCAUUCAUGGUGAACUGUACACAGAAUAUGGGGGUUGCAGCCCCUUCAUAUCCUCCAGUCCCUUUCUUUGGUCCCACACCGGUCAUGGAGAAACUGGGGAUUAUCGCCGAGAAUCAACUGGACCCAUUAAUUGUCUCAACCAGUGACUACCUUGAUAUCAUAUUCAAAAUGGGUAAAGAUGUAAAGGUUACCCAUACAUUUCAGUACUAUGAUUCCCAAGAGGGUGCUGUUAACGAUAUUGAUAGAUAUGUGUUCCUAAAGUCUAGAAAUGAACUUGGCGCCACUUACAUGAUCCGGUGCCCAAAAGAAGGGUUCUACAUAUUUUCGCUGUACGCAACACAAACGGAAGGUACCGAAGACCAGUCUUUAGACUGUGCCUACAGGUAUCUUAUAAUAUGCCAAGAACCAAACCCAGCAGUCAUGGUAUUCCCAAAGACGUAUCACCGGUGGCAACGAUGCACCCUCCACGAGCCAGUGUCAGGGGACCUGAUGACCAACAAACGGUACACUUUCAGACUAGAUAUUCCCCAGGCGUCAGAAGUGUUCGUUGUCAUUGGUGAUAUAUGGCAUCAUCUAAAACGGAAGUUGGGUUUCACAUGGGAAGGAAAUAUUCACACCGGAAGUGUAGCGACGGUGUUAAAGGUUUUCGCGCGUUUUGUUCACGGGAAGGAAAGUUCAAUAUUUGCCCAUCUGUUGGACUACGAACUUGUUGAAGAUGCGGAAACAGAAAUUUAAAGAUGAUAUAUUACUUUGUCACGCGCAGGAUUGUACCAUGUCCAACCCUACUUUAUUCACAAGAAAUGCCUAUCGGCAGUGCUCAGUAGUAAGGGUUACGGAGGUAGUACGUAUAGUUUCCGGCUAUCGAAAUAAUUCUAUAUGCCGAUUUGAUCAAAGACUGAAGUAUAAAACCUUUUUUUCCAUGUUUGGAAGAAUAUUCAUAUACACAAACUAAAAAGGAAUGGUAAGAAAUCCACGUGCGCUGUUUCAGUAACCAUCACCGUCCUAAAACAACUUUUGAAAAUGGCGUGAUACCCAAACAGAACUGCAAAACAAUAAUCAAAGUUAAAGCAGGACUUAAAACUUAACACCUGUGUUCAACAGUGUUGUUUCUUACAUUUACAGUUGUCUGAACUUCAUAUACAACAAGUGUGAUUUAUGUUUGAGUAUAAUAACACACUUGUUUGUGUUCUGUACAAACAUAUAAAAAGUCUGACUCACAGAAACAUUGGCAUAUAUGGUGUCUGAGUUUCUAAAGCUGAGUUUAUAUUUCACAGUCUCUAAGAUAUUUGUUAGUGUCUGCUUAGUGCUUACUGUUUUCAUUUCUUUUGUGUUUUCACUGCUUCUGUACCUUUAUUAUUUAUUUUUAUUUAUUAAGUGGCGCCUUGUUUCCGAUGACUGUUUUUAGCUCGACUAUUCGAAGAAUAGGAACAGAACAGAACAGAACAUAUAUU